CCCUCUCCCCCCCAGGCCCACCCUUGCAGACCCCCACUGUCCUCCCCACUCAGCCUCCCAGCCUAUCCCCAAGCCCCUCGGUGCCCUCCACACAGCCAGGGCUGCCAGAGCCUAGCUCAGCCCCAGCACUGCCCGCAGAGCUGCCCACAGAGCAAGUGCAGGGGCCAGAGCCUUACAGGGGCCCUCGACCAUCUGAAGCUGCUGCAGGGUUUGUGCAGCCGCCCUCACUUUGGGGCUCUGCUGGUGGGGCAGAGCUGGGGCUGCAGCAAAAAGCGAUGCCCAGCACAUACCCAGUGUGGCAUUGGGGUGCCCACAGUGCUGUGGGCAGUGUGAGCCAUGGGCAGGUGCCUUGGACAUCCCCUACACACCCCCAGCCUGUCCCUGUGUCAGGCUCCUGCCCUGCAAUUCCACCUAUCAGCACCUGAAGGGCAGUUGUGCCCUGUGGGCACCCCAAGUGACAGGCUGUGGGCAGAGGUGCCAAGUGAGAGGAAGGAGGGUGCUCAGGGUGGUUGAGUGGUGACAUCCCAAGCUGGUGGCCCUGUAGAUGGUGUCACCCCUGUGCCAUGCAGCUCUCAGGGAAGUGGUUCCUGGUCAGCAUGGCCUCCCAAUGCAGCUACCUGCUUGAGCACAGCCACCAGCUGGAGGCCACGACAGUGACAAUAACCAUCCUGGAUGGGCAGAGCCUGGCCAUCAGCACCUUCAGGAAGCUGGACAAGAUGUGCUGGGAAAUCAGGCAGCACUACCUUCCUGCCCAGGCCCCUGGACACUUCCUGCUGAAGGGCCAUAGGAAAAGCAGCAAGGUGGAUGUGGUGGUGGGUGAGGCUGACCCCAGCAACUUCAUUAUCCUUUAUUACCAGAAGGGCCGCAGCAUCUCUGUUAAGCUCUAUGGACGGACCAGCCUGGUCAGUGAUGCCAUCAUGGACAAGUUCGAGCAGCACAUCAGGGCUGUGGGUCUGAGUGAGGAUGUGACCUACUACUUCCCCACCUAUGGGUUUUGUGACUCUGCAGAUGAGUUUCACAUCCUUGAUGGUGAGUUGGGGAUGCUGGGUGAUGUGCUGGGUGCCCUCUCCUAUGUACCAGGCUUGGUCCCACAUUGGGCAUCAGUUGGGUGUCCCUGUCCUGGCAGUGGGCUGGGCACACUGGGCCAGAUCCACACUUCACCAUGACUGUGUAGUCCUGCCCCAGGGGUGUGGGAGGGCUGGUCUGGCACGGGAGAGGCCAUGCCAGACCAUUCCCCAGAAGAGUGUGCUCUUGUGUGUGCAGUGUCACUCAGAAUGGGCAUCAGGUACAUCCUGGCAAAGCAAGCCCCACUCACCCCCCACAUGGGUCAGACUGGGCAUGGACACCCCUCCAGCCCCUCAGCACUUCUUUUCCAGAAACGAAGCUGUAGGUGCGGAUGGAGUUGCCGUGGGGUCUCAGGGCUCAGCCCUCACCUCAGCCAGCUGCCCAUAUCCACGCAGAUCUGAGCCGCACUUGAGUCUGCUCCCCCUGCUGCUCCACAGUUCUGGAGCCAGCCUUGGGGCUCCUCAGCCCCUCCAGCUGUGCUGGCAGCUGCGCUUGUCCUGUGCCCCCUAGCUUGUGUCGCCCCUCUGCUCUGUACCCCACUCUCCUGCAGCAGCCAGCAACACCCCAAUAAACACCUCAGAGAAGA